CCCUCGCCGCUCCGGUCGCGCUGCGCCGCGCUCCCAGGCUUCGGGUUCUCUUAAAUGCUUUCUUGAAGCCUCAAAAAUGGAGAUGACAGGAACAACUGGUGUGUCCCUGAAGCGUGGGUCCCUUGCCGUGGAAGAUGAGAGUCCAGCUCCAGGAGAGGAGGUCAAGAGACAGAAGGUCUCAGAAUGCUGUCUGAGCAAAGACCAGGACCAGCUAGAGAGUGACGCUCUCCCCUGCAGGGAGAAUGUACCUGUGGCAGCCGAAGCUGUCAGUGCUGGGGAAGCUAAGAACCAUUCUGAAGCUCAGUUGGAGGAGGAGGAAGAGGAGGAGGAAGAUGGCCUUUCAGAGGAAGGUGAGGAGGAGGAGGAAGUGGAAAGUUUUGCAGACAUGAUGAAGCAUGGACUCACUGAACUUGAUGUGGGCAUCACCAAGUUUGUAAGUUCCCAUGAAGGAUUCUCAGGAAUUUUAAAAGAAAGAUACUCUGACUUCGUUGUUCAUGAGAUAGGAAAAGAUGGGCGGAUCAGCCAUUUGGAUGACUUGUCUGUUCCUGUGGAUGAGGAGGACCCCUCAGAAGAGGUGUUUACGGUUUUGACAGCCGAAGAAAAGCAGCGUUUGGAAGAGCUCCAGCUUUUUAAAAAUAAGGAAACCAGUGUUGCCAUUGAGGUCAUCGAGGACUCCAAAGAGAAAAGAACCGUCAUCCAUCAAGCUAUUAAAUCUCUGUUUCCAGGACUAGAGACAAAAACAGAGGACCGAGAGGGGAAGAAAUACAUUGUAGCCUACCAUGCUGCCGGAAAGAAGGCCCUGGCAAAGGUCAGAACUGCACCAGAUCCAAGAAAACAUUCUUGGCCGAAAUCUAGGGGGAAUUACUGCCACUUUGUAUUAUACAAGGAAAACAAAGACACCAUGGAUGCUAUUAAUGUUUUGUCUAAAUACUUAAGAGUCAAGCCAAACAUAUUCUCCUACAUGGGAACCAAAGACAAAAGGGCUAUAACAGUUCAAGAGAUUGCUGUUCUCAAAAUAACUGCUCAAAGACUUGCCCACUUAAACAAGUGCUUGAUGAACUUUAAGCUGGGGAAUUUCAGCUAUCAGAAAAACCCUUUGAAAUUAGGAGAGCUUCAAGGAAAUCACUUCACAGUUGUCCUCAGGAAUAUAACAGGAACUGACGAACAAGUUCAACAAGCCAUGUGCUCUCUCAAGGAGAUUGGAUUUAUUAACUACUAUGGAAUGCAGAGAUUCGGGACUACAGCCGUCCCUACAUAUCAAGUGGGAAGAGCUAUACUACAAAAUGCCUGGACUGAAGUCAUGGAUUUAAUAUUGAAACCCCGUUCUGGAGCUGAAAAGGGGUACUUGGUCAAGUGCAGGGAAGAGUGGGCGAAGACCAGAGAGCCCGCUGCUGCCCUCAAAAAACUACCUGUCAAAAGGUGUGUGGAAGGGCAGCUGCUUCGAGGACUUUCAAAAUAUGGAAUGAAGAAUAUAGUCUCUGCAUUUGGCAUAAUACCAAGAAAUAACCGCUUAAUGUAUAUCCAUAGCUACCAAAGCUAUGUGUGGAAUAACAUGGUGAGCAAGAGGAUAGAGGAGUAUGGGCUGAAACCUGUUCCAGGGGACCUUGUUCUCAAAGGAGCCACAGCCACGUACAUUGAGGAAGAUGAUGUUACAAAUCACUCCAUCCACGACGUGGUGAUGCCCUUGCCUGGCUUCGAUGUCAUCUACCCGAAGCAUCAAAUUAGUGACGCCUACAGGGAAAUGCUCACAGCUGACAAUCUUGAUAUUGACAACAUGAGACACAAAAUCCGAGAUUAUUCUUUAUCGGGGGCCUACCGGAAGAUCAUUGUCCGCCCUCAGAACGUCGGCUGGGAAGUUGUCGCAUAUGAUGAUCCUAAAAUCCCACUUUUCAACACCGAUGUGGACAACCUGGAAGGGAAACCACCCCCAGUUUUUGCUUCCGAAGGCAAGUACAAGGCUCUAAAGAUGGAUUUUUCGCUUCCGCCUUCCACAUAUGCCACCAUGGCCAUCCGCGAAGUGCUAAAAAUGGAUACGAGCAUCAAGAACCAGACCCAGCUCAACACAGCCUGGCUCCGUUGAGCACCUGCUACCUGCCCUCCUCUUCCUCUCUCGCCUCUGGCAGACCCUGCUGGGGGGUGGAGGAAGGUCCUGUCUUUGUAGUCAAAGAUUAUUUGUAUAUUUUCAAGUUUGUAGUAGCUUAAAUCAAUAAUUUGCAACGUUUGUACACAUACACAAAACCUGAGGGGAGACGAUCAAAUGGGUCAGACUAUAUUUCAGGUGCUUCUCUGAUCGUAAAUCACUCACUUGACUGGCCUUCUAAUAAUAAGACUAGACAUUGGUGUAAAGUAACAGUUGUGGUGCCUGCAUUCUUGUUAACGUUUAUUCAUAAACGGCGUGCACAACCAUGUAUUUGAAUGCACAGACACCAAUCUUGACUGGAUGACUUACACGUAAAUACAGUACUCCCGCAUGUUCGAGUGACCACAGAACAGUGACGGGCUUAUAAGCUCAGAAGUGACCGUCAUCACUUAGCUCAUGGGCCGGGUUCAGGUAAAUGUUGAUAAACUUUUCAGUUGCAAUACAAGCCUUUGCAUUUCUAGUCUGUCCUUGCAGAAGAGCUGCAUUGAUAAGGCUUCCUUCCCCCCCACCUCCUUAAUGUAAGCAUUGCUGCUGUUUUUAUUAAGGUCUCCUUUUUACUUGCGGUGCCUUUUAUGGUCAGGACUCUUUCCCCCACACUGGUAUUUGCCCAGAAAUAUGUAAUGGCAGAGAAGGGGACUGUAAAGCUGGACAAGGGCUCCAUCUGUCAACUGUGUCACCCUGUCACCAGCCGCUCCGGUGUUUCCAUUCCAGGCUUAAACAGCUUUUCUCCGACAUGAAAGGCUGAAUCUGCCUUGCUAACGUUAUGCAACAGAAUUGUGCCGGUUUUUACUUUCUAUCAUUUCUAGAACCAAAUGUAAUAAAUAUUUUUAAAAACUC